CUAUGUUUUCCUAAGCUCUCGAUCAAAAGCUGGGCUUCAAUGGCCACGUUAGUACUGGCAAAUUUCUUUAGCACAAUAAUAUUUAGUUGCAUUGCGCCAUUUUAUCCUGAGGAAGCUAAACUCAAGAAUAUGAAUAAUUUUGAUACUGGUGCGGUUUUUGGAAUUUUUGGUCUUAUCACUUUCAUCGUUGCUCCACUUUUUGGCCGUUAUGUAACUAUUAAAUUUAUUUACUAUUACUAUUAUUAUUUUUUAAUAUUAUUAAGCGCGCUUACUUCUUUACUUUUUGGAUUUAUUACUUGGAUCCCUUCCCGACAGAUUUUUUUAUGGGCUUCAUUGCUUAUUCGUGUUGGACAAGCGUUAGGAGAUGCUGCUUUUGUAACUUCAUCAUUUGCAAUAGCUGCAAAAUAUUUUCCUGGAAGGGUCACCACUAUCUUUGGAAUACUGGAAGCAUUUUCCGGAAUAGGUUUCGCCGCUGGUCCAUUGUUUGGUGGCACUUUAUAUGAAUUAGGAGGAUUUCAAAUGCCAUUUUUAAUACUAGGAUUUAUCUUAUUUAUUAUAAGCAUAUUAUCAUAUUUUUUGGUGGAAAAACUUAUAGAUGAAACAUGUAUCGAAAACAAAAGCAUAAAAGGCAUAUUACGGUUGCCAGUUAUAUGGUUUAUGAUUAUUGGAGUGGCCUUAAGUUCCAUAUCAGAAUCCUUUCUAGAUUCAGCUUUAGCGAAUCACCUCAACUCGUUUAACUUAUCAGCAACUUUUGUUGGAUUUAUUUUUUUUCUGUGUGACGGUAUUUACACAUUAACAGUGCCUUUAUGGAGUUUUGUGCUUAAUCGAUGGGAUUAUUGCAAUCUUAUCAUUUUUUUUGGUUUAAUUUCUGAAGCAAUCGCGAUGUUUACGAUAGGUCCAUCGCCAUUCUUAUUUUUUAAUAAGAAUCUCUUUAUCAUUGGCAUUUCCCUAAUUAUUGUCGAUGUUGCUGCAGGCGCUGUUUGUAUUCCUGCAUUUCAAAAUUGUUUUGAAGUUAUUAGGUCAAUUUUUUAA